UAAACCGUUUCAUGUCUCGAAUCAGAAAAAUUCUUAAGCCCUAAGUUUCCUUCACCAAAAGGGAAAGCCCCACAAACAUAUCGCGAUGAAGAAAUCAAGAACCCGUCAUCAUAAGAAGCCCUUUCGCCAUCGUCUCUAUCGUCUGUUCUUGUACAUUCUCGUCAUAGUUUCUUGCGUUGUAUUAUCUCUGAACCCAUUUCCCCUUCUCAAAUUUCUCGCGGGUUUUGCCUUGCACGUCCCUAGGGUUUUCGCUUCUCUUCUAAAAACGAAACUUUUGUUCGUCAUCACCAACGUUAUAGUGAUUGCCCUAGUUCGGGAGUCGAAGUUGUUCCGGUCGAAACCUUCCUCUCCAUCAAGCGGCUCUUGUGACUCGCCGUCCGAUGAACCCGAUAAGCCAUUUAAGGCGGAUCUGCAAGAGGGUAUCAAGAAGACAGAUCUUGAUGGUGGUGAAAGGACGAGGGAAAGCUUCCACGAGAGAAAGAAGCUCAGCCCGCUGCCAAUGGAGGAACUAAACAAGAGGGCUGAUGAUCUGAUUUCUAGGAUAAAUAGGCAGAGGAGGCUUGAAGCUUGGCUGUUAUAGUGUAGUACAUCGCAUAUAAUAUAUAUAUAUGUGGCAAAAAAAAACGAAUAAAAGAAAAAAAAUAAACUCAAGUAUGAAAAAAUAGAGUUAUCUUGGUGGGAAAACAAAGAGGUGGAAUUUUUUUUUAACCAUCUUUCUGUAGUCAUAGAUUAAGUUCGAUUUCUCAUAUUCUAAUUAACGCCCGA